AUUUUGGGAGCGCGGACUGCCAGCAAAAAUUUGCUCACUCUAAAUGGUCACAUGACCGCGCGCACAUGGCAACAACCGAAACGAGUUGUCGGCCACUCAGAUCGGUUUCCGUCUACUUUUACUCUCUGUAGUUAUACAAAACAACAAGGGUUUGGUGGGAAUUGGUAAUUCGCCGAACGAAGCCCGAGUCUACUCGCAAAAGCUGGCCAGUCAACACACAUCGCAUCAAGGAAGUUCUCACCUAAUAUCAUCUUUUGCUUAGUUGGGGCUAAGAUGCGUGGGAGGAAGCCGGGGAGAGACAGGGCAUGACAACCCCGCGUCGCACCUGACGCCUACCUUGGAGCCUGUGGUGGUAUAAGAUGUACGCGCUGCUGCUAGCGCUACUACUGGGCAGCGCUCGGGCUGCCGCUGCUCAAGCGCAAGACGUGGGCAGCGUGACCGUCAACAGCACGCGCGGGCUUGCGAUGGCACUCAACAACACUGCUGUAUCACAAAUAUACUUGAACGAUACUCUAACGCUCGUUGGGGCGGAGUGGCCGGGGGUUGUGAGCAUCGCGGAUGGCAGAGCCGUCAAGCUCUCAGGGGCUUUGCAGGCCCAGCCCCAGGUCUACGUGUCCCUCAACUGGGCGAACUUGACCGGCAUCAUAUGGCUGGCGCCGUCGGCAUCACUGGUGUUUGAGGGCUUGGAGAUUUCAGACUACCACAACCUGACCCAGUCCUACUUCCUGCCGUUCCGCGCCUCGCCUGGGGCCUUCAUCACCGCCCGAAACUGCAUCCUGCGCCGCCGUGUCGGGCUGUCAGUGGAACUAGCAAUCAUAUCCAUGCGCGCCGCCGACCGACCGCCGGGCGUGCCGGGGCCGCAGCUGUGCCAGCUGUACCCCGAGCUGAGGUACAACUAUACAGCAGAGCCAGGGGUGGAGCACUAUGAGGCGAUGGUGAUUCAGCAGACCGACGUGCAGACAGUGCUGGCGCCGUACUCGCCCGGCGGCAGCGCCAGCUACAACAGUUUCCAGUGGUCUGCCCUGGAUUGCUUCUACUUUGUGGAUCACCCAGUGGACCAGUCCUGCCUCAACGAGAAGCCCGGGGCAGAGUGCUUGGCGGACCUGAUCCGCAUCCUGGACGGCAUCACAGACGCGGGCGGCAGCGGCAGCGGCAACAAGGGGGAGUCCUACCUCAUGACGGUGGUGGUGGCUGUGGUGCUGCCGGGCUCGGUGAUCCUGCUGGCUAUUUCCAUCGCGGCUGGGCGCCUGGGUAUGAAUCGGGCCUGCGAGGAGCCGCCCGACCUCUCCUCCCGACCUGAGCCAGACCUCGAGGCGGCCAACAAACUGUACGGUGGCAUGGGCAUGGUGGGCGGAAGCGCCGACGGUGCUAGCGGCCGGGGCAGUGGCGGCGGCGGCAUGCGGCCGUCACGCUUCGGCGGUGGCGCGGGCGGCGGGCGCUUCGACGACGAUGACGAGGGCGGUUUGUUCCUGGGACUAAACCACCCGGACGAGCCGCUUCCCGCAUGGCGGCCCACGGAGCCCUACGUGGAUGACGACCCGAAGGGUGGCAGCGCCGGCGCGGGCGGCAGCGCCGGUGGCGGCAACGGCGGCGCCAGCAAGGGUGUGGAAGGGGAGGACUCCCUCCCCUCCAACUCGGAAGGCAGUCGGACACCGGAUAGCGUGGCACCGCCGCUGGUGCCGCAGCCCGACGGCGGCGCCGCUGACGUGGCGGCGUCGGGCGCCGACGGAAGCGUGCGCGGCGGCAGCGCGCCUGUGCACCAGAGCUUGGUUAUAACGCUGUCAGCGGAGCAGGUCGCGCGGAUGCACCGGGCGGCCAUGGCCAAUGGAAACAUGGCGAGCAGACCGGUCGCCGCCGGCGCGCCGCCCGCGGAGAUACAGGAGGGGUCCGGCGGCGACUCGGUAACGGGCGAGAAUGCCUCCGCGGGGAACCGCGCCGCACCCGCCGGAGCCCGAGGUGCACACGGCGCAGGGGCCGACGUAGGGGCAGGGGCUCCAGAUCCAGGGGGGAGAGCGCGGCAGCAGCCGGAGCCCGGGGCGGCGGGACCGGCAGCAGCGGCGCAUGCCACGGCCGCCGGUGCCGGUGCAGGUGUGGGUGUGGGUGCGGGUGCGGACGGGGCCGGGAGAGGCGGCGGCCGCGCGAGCCCCACCGGGCCGGCUACACCAGCAGGCGCCAACACGGCUGUUACUGCCGUCGGUGGGCCCGGCGGCGGGCCUGCAGCCGCGGUGCAGGCUGCACCGGCUCCGUCGGCGCCGCCGCAGCCCGCACCGCCGGCGCGGGACGUGCCAGCGGAGUUGUUAGAGAUGUCCAAGGCGGUGCGCUGCAGCGUGCAGGACGUGGCAAUUCAGAUGGAGGCGGUCAUUGGCGCCGGCUCCUUUGGAGUGGUGUACAAGGGCACAUGGCAGGGGCUCACCGUGGCGAUCAAGACCGUGGUGUUCAGUGCCACGACCGACCACCGCCGCAGCGCGCUCAAAGAGGCGGCUCUGGCGAGCUCCGUCGUCCACCCGAACAUCAUCGCCACCUACUGUAGUGAGCUGCAGUCCAUAGGCGGCCACCACGGCCUGCUGCCCAUGCCUGCGCAGCAGGCGCCCAUCAUGGACUGGCGGCUGUACAUCGUGCAGGAGUAUGCGGACGGGGGUGCGCUGCGGUCUCUGUACGGCCGGAAAGACAUCUGGCCAGCGCCGGGGGAAGCAAACAUGCCGGCGGUUCUGUCCCUGGGCUACGGCAUCGCACGGGCCAUCACACACCUACACACCAAGCGAAUCGUGCACGGUGACCUGAACCCCAACAACGUGCUGCUCAAGCGCAAUGACGCCGAGCCGUCUGGCUACACAGUCAAGGUCGGCGAUUUCGGUCUGAGCGUGAUGUUGCCGCAACACGUCAGCCACCUGUCCAACAUGCGGAUGGGGACCAUGUUCUACAUGUGCCCCGCGGUGCUGCUCAAGGCACAAGUGGGCCCAGCGUCAGAUGUCUUCUCUCUGGGCGUCGUUCUUUGGGAGCUGUUCAAUGGCCAGUGCGCGGGCCGGCAGACGCCUGAGGGCCCCCGCUACGUGCCCACCUUCCCCGCCUUCCCGCCCACCUGCCCCGCCGCCUACCGCAAGAUUGCGCUCAGCUGCCUUCAGAAGCAGCCCGCCAACAGGCCCACAGCGUCUCAGGUGGAGCAGCAACUGGAGGUACUGCUGGCAACGGCCACGUGCUCGCCCGAGGGGCCGCAGCGCCUGGCUACGCUCACGGCCGCGGAGCUUAAUCGCAUGUUCUCGGUGUAGAGUAUUGCUGUGGGAUAUGGCAUGGCGGGCUGUGGCGGUGGGUUAGUCGCGCCGCAUGGCGCAGGUGCAUGUGUAUGGUGCUGCGGGGCGGGGAAGCCGUAGUUGACGGAUGCCUUUGCAAAACAUGUGGCCAUGGGUGAUACCGUGGAGGUUGCAGGGAUGCGGGUGUUUUAUUAUAUAUCUGUUCGAUGCAUGUUGGUGCGCAUAUAUAAUGCCAGUACCGUAUCGGAUUGUAAUGCAUUUGCAUGUGCGUGUGGUGUGUGGCAGUUCGGUCCACGUUUCCUAGACAGUAACUGUUGGUGGGAUUCAUGCGUGCCUUCAGUUGUGCGGCUGGCUGGCAUGGCUUUGUGUGUUCCAUGGGGACGCUUAGCCAAAGCAAUGUUAGGAGCGCACUACGAACGAGUAAGGUCUGCGUUGCUCAUAAAGAACGUGGCUCGUGAACGGAAGCAUGCGAUGGGUUCGUUAGCGGGCUCUGCAUGGUGUUUAGCCUUGGAGCCUGAAACACAAACCAACCCUUUUGUAGAAGGCUGCCCGCCUGCACACUGGCGCAUAGAAACGCACGAGCGGCGGGCGCAGGCAAUUGUUUCCGAUGUCUUGGGAAUGCUUUUUGCUGUUUGCCGUCGCGAGACCGCGUCUUGUUCAACUGUUGCAAGGGGGACGUGCGCGUUGCAUUUGACCGUGCCCGCGCCCGUGACCGUGUGAUGGUGCUGUCGUGUGUUGCUUGGGAUGGGUACUUACGUGGUUCGAGUGGAGGGUGCUGGGGCGGUCUCUCUCUGCUGAGGGCUGCUACUUAGCGGAACCGGUGCUUGGGCUUGCGGCGAGAAGCAAUUAAGCAAAUGGUUAAAUUGAAUGGCCGCAAAGAGCUCCGGGCGUUGAACGUGUGGUGUGUGCAUGUUAUCAUUAAAUCAGACAGGCAGCCCUGUGGGUGUAUCACAGCAGAGAACGGGUGGCGGCAACUGCUUGUUUCAUCACUGGGCCGGAGCCCAGCGGGGUGUGGCUGAUGUCGUUUGUCAUAUUUCGAGUUGCGGCGUGGUCAAGAGGAUAGAAUCAAGCUAUGGAGUGGAAAUGAGUCACUAGCGGACCGCCAAGCGAUCCAUGGGGCGUGCCCCCAAGGGAAUCGAAGUGACAGGGGAAGCGACAGACAGUGUUGUAAGGCUGAGCGAAUGAGCAGGCACAUGCAAGCAGUGGCGUUGAGCUGAGGUGACGGAAGGCUGGCAUAACUUGGCAGCCAUCUGGGGGGAGGGCGGUUUCCCUCCUGACCUGGGUGCUGGGCACUCUUGCUUGGUCGGACUGUCCAGGACUGUCCCUUCUUGUAAUGUCGCAGUCAUAAAUCAUAUUGGCUGGCGGCGCGAGCGAAGCUGCCGUCGGCCCGGGUGCUGAGCAUUGGACUUGCCGUCGUAGCUGACUUCUGGGGUCGUAUCCAGACGUUUGUGACUUUGGGUAUCAGGCCAAAGGGUUGGGACGCUGUGCCGUCUGCGCAUCCUUUCAUCUCUCGGGCUGUUGGUGACGGCAUGGUAUUGCGCUUGCCGUAUGACGCUGAUUCCCCGCCUCCUUCACCGUGAGAGGUUGUGGGUGGUUGGGGGCUUGGUGUGUGGGAGAUCUGUAUAUGACCCAAGUGCCGGAGACAUGACGUAGGAGUAGGGGGGGGGGGUUAGGAACCUGCCGCUCCCCAAACUAUGUGCACGUGUUCUGAAUCAGGGGUACCGGGUUAUACGGUACCGUACGGUAUGGACGUAUCGUUGCGCUGCACGCCGCAGGACAGAAGCGCUAGGAACAAAACCUGGACAGUGUAGGACAGUGGGUGUGCGAUGGGUGUGCGAUGGGACAGUGUUAAGGCAGGUUGGUGAAGUCCCGUAUGUGAUUCCCAGGUUCCCAGGCCCCCUGUAGCCUGUAGGACAGUGGGGGACGGGUGGUAGGGGGGACCUUUGAGGGAGUCCCGGGCGUGUUCAGCAGCAAUCAAGACUAGCAGUGGCCAUUUAGCAUUAUCG